CACUACAAGUCCCGUCAUCCCUUGCGCGCCGGCCUAACUUGUUAUCCGGUGUCCUUGCUUCGGUCACAGUUUGCCCGGCUUCAUCAUGCUGUCUGCCCGUGGUCUUUUGGGUCUCCGCCGGGUAGUGCUGGGCCACAUAAGAUGUUACGCCGAGGCUGCACCGGCUGGCUCACCCGCCAUGAGCUUCACCUUCGCCUCCCCUACCCAGGUGUUUUACAAUGGUGCUAAUGUGAAGCAAGUGGACGUUCCCACAACAACAGGAAUGUUUGGAAUCCUCGCGAAUCAUGUCCCCACCCUACAAGUUCUCAGGCCUGGCCUUGUCACAGUGUCGAGUGAAGAUGGGGCCACAACCAAAUACUUUGUGAGCAGUGGGUCGGUGACUGUGAAUGCAGAUUCCUCUGUGCAGCUGUUGGCUGAGGAAGUAGUGACGCUGGACAUGCUGGAUGCAAGUACUGCAAGGUCAAACCUGGAAAAGGCCGUGGCAGAGCUGCAGAGCGCCGGAGAUGAGGUGGCAAAGGCAGAGGCACAGGUUAACCUAGAGGCUUGUGAGGCCAUUGUUAAAGCCCUGGAGUAAGGGCAGGGGUUUUGUCUCACAUACACCACAGUUUCUGGCCGCCAU